AUGUCUAACGCGAUCUACCUCGGAGUUGUUGGCGUGGGCGGCGUGGGCACCGCAUUCCUCUCUCAGCUCGCCCGCCUCCCCAAUGCUCCCAAGCUUGUCCUCCUUGCUCGCUCAUCGCAGACUCUCCUCGCGCCGACACCGGCCUACUCCCCCGCCAUCCCCGCGGCCGACUGGGCUACCGCAUCUGCAGCUCCCUCCUUGACCAAGACCGGUGCUAUGCCCGCAGAGGAAAUCGCAACAUACCUCGCCUCAGCUCCUGGCCGCGCAAUCCUGGUCGACAACACCUCCGAUCUGAACCUGGCUAAGGCCUAUCCCACAUUCCUCAAGAAGGGCAUCUCUGUCGUGACGCCCAACAAGAAGGGGUUUUCCGACGACCUGUCCCUGUGGAAGGACAUCUUCGCCUCCGCAGCCGAGGGCAAGGCCCUCGACCUCGUCGCAACCGGCGACCAGGUUACCCGCAUCGAGGGUGUUUUCUCCGGCACUCUUUCCUUCCUCUUCAACACGUUCGCCCCAGCAUCCGGCUCCUCCAAUGCCCAAUGGAGCGCCGUCGUGGCCCAGGCCAAGGAGCUCGGCUACACUGAGCCUGACCCCCGCGACGACCUGAACGGCAUGGACGUGGCCCGCAAGCUGACUAUCCUGGCCCGCCUGGCUGGCCUUGAUGUCGCGCGCCCCGACUCCUUCCCGAUCGAGUCGCUCAUCCCCAACGAGCUGGCCGGUUUGCCUUCAUCGGCGGACGGUAUCGCACAAUUCAUGGCCCGCUUGCCCGAGUUCGACGCCCAGAUGGCUGGAAUCAAGGAGGCGGCCGAGAAGCAGGGUAAGGUUGUGCGCUACGUCGGCAGCAUCGACGUUCCCGCGAAGAAGGUCAAGGUUGGCCUGGAGUACUUCGACAAGGACAGCGCGAUUGCUGGUCUGAAGGGCAGCGACAACAUCAUCAGCUUCUACACCCAGCGGUACGGUGCGAACCCUCUUAUUGUGCAGGGUGCCGGUGCCGGUGGUGAAGUUACUGCUCACGGCGUCACUGCUGAUCUGGCCAAGGCCAUUGAGCGCCUGAAGUAA